GGGGGAGUAAUCACAUAGAGAACAAAUAUAGGUAAGGCUAAAUAGAGAUAGGCAAAGUGAGGGGAGACUCUUACAACCAAAAGCAAAAUGGCAAAUGGUAAUGGAAAUUCAUCUGUAAGUCAUCCAACUGGAUUGGAAAUGGCAGCGAAGCACAUACAGACAUUCUCACUGGUCGUCUACUGUGUGAUCAUAGUGGUUGGGACAGUAGGAAAUGGUCUGGUCAUUUAUGUGACCAGCUUCAAGAUGAAGAAAACAGUCAACUCUGUGUGGUUUCUCAACUUGGCUCUGGCAGACUUCCUCUUCACAGCGUUCCUGGUGUUUACAGCAGUCUCUCUCUCUCAGAAGUACCACUGGACUUUUGGACAGUUCAUGUGCAAACUCAACAACUUUGUGAGCUUAGUCAACAUGUUUGCCAGCAUCUUUUUUCUAACAUCUAUAAGUCUGGAUCGUUGCUUGUCCAUCUGGGUGGUGGUGUGGGCACAAAACAAGCGCACCGUUGGCAAAGCUCAAGUGAUAAGUGCUUUAAUCUGGUUGGCUGCAGGCAUCUGUAGCACACCCUAUGCAUAUUUUCGUGCCGUGGAAGUCAGCCAGAAUCAGACAUACUGCAAGUACACUUCAACUAUGACAAAGAACAAACAUUGGACAUUGUUUAUAUUCCGGUUUGUUAUGGGCUUUCUCAUCCCGUUCCUGGCGAUAUUUUUCUCAUAUGUGGCCAUAGGGAUUCGUGCCAGGCGUCUGCAGAGAAUGAGGAAACAAAGACGUCACCGGAUCAUUUUUGCCAUCAUUUUUGCAUUCUUUACCUGCUGGUUGCCUUUUCAUGUUUUGAGUUUCAUACAAUUAAAAUUCUUUGAUUACUCAGAUGUACAGAACAUUGUUCAGGUCAUAGGUCCUCUAACUGUCAGUCUUGCCUUCACGAACAGCUGCUUGAACCCCAUCCUCUAUGUUUUCAUGUGUGACGAGUUCCAGAAGAAGCUCAAGCAGUCCAUUUGGUUGGUUCUAGAAAAUGCCCUUGCAGAGGACCACAUAUCAUUUGUUACGUUAUCUCGUUCAAUGUCAAGGAUUCCCAGAAAAUCUGAUUCUACCGCCCCUGCUGAGGGGAAAGAAACUGAGACAUCGAUUAUCUUAACAAAACCAAAAAAAGAGAUCUCUACGAAGAAGUCCAUGAACACGGAGGAAAACAGCCACAAACUGAUUGAAAUGGCGGACUUUAAUAAAGUGCACUGAAGUGAUCUGAGCAAAGCUUAUUUGUAGAGGAGUGUGAACACGUGCAAAGACAAUUCAAAGAAUAUUUUUGACGUCUGCUUGUUUUUCAUCAUUUGCUUACCAUUAACAGGUGUUUUCGUAUGUGGUUAUUGAGACAGCCUGAGAUGUACAACAGACAGUCUGAUAAAAUCGCACACAACCCCUUACCUUCCACAUUCAAUCAGCAAAUGUAACUGAAAGCCUGUGUAGGUGUCCUACAGCAAUAUAUUCUACAUGCUAAGCUUUUAAUGAAAUUAUUGUAAAUACUGUAAAAAAAAGUAUAAAAUUACUUGUUUACUUUAGAACAGUUUGAAUUUUGUUUUAACUUGCCUCUUUUAAUGAACCUGUAUGUUUAGGAAUGCUCACAUCUGUAUGUUUGUCUACUUCAUCGAUGACGCCGUCAAAAGAGAUAAAAAUAUUAAUGGAUGUUUCAGAAAUUA